AUCAUUCGCUAUGAUUGUAUUGUGUUGUGUUCUUGUGAUAAUAAACCUACUGACAGUCUAUUUCAAAUAAAGUUGUUUUAGAAAUAAAUUAAUUUAAUUUAAUUAGGCACGAGUGUUCAUUUGUGAAAUUUUAAAAUACAUAAUGUGGGACCCUACACAUGUUCAAGUAACAGUACAAAGAGCUCGUAACUUACUAAUAAAAGGUAAGAACGGUACAAAUAACUGUUUUGUUACCAUCUCUUUGGGUAAGGAAAAAUUUCAAACUUCUGUUAAAAUCAAGUCGACUGAAAACGUUGAGUGGUUCGAAGAAUGUGAAUUGCAUAUACCUACACAGGGAAAUACUGCCGAAAUUGUUUUAAAAGUCUAUUGCGAAGAUUUAAUCAAAGACCAUUUAUUGGGUCAAAUUUCGAUUCCGUUAAAGGACCUAGAUGUCUAUGAACGUGCGAGAAACCGAUGGUAUCCCCUACGGGGAAAGCCUGGAAAGGAAGAUAAGAACAGAGGUGAAUUGGAAGUUAAAGUAGCAUUCAUUGUUAAAGAAGGCAGUUUGAAAGAUCUUUCAAAAAAAGAUAAACACAAAUCUUCAUUAUCAAGUCUCGCUCAGAAUGUUGGAGGUAGUCUUAUGAGCAUUGGAAGUAUUGAAAAACGAAAAAGUAUAAAAAAAUUAGCAAAAAAUUUAGGUUCGAAAAUGAAUCUUACUAAAAAGGAUAAGAAAAACGAUUCAUCUUCUCUGGGUGGUAGUGUUGGUAACCUAAGAAGUUCUAUGUUAUCUACACCAGACACUUCCACACCUAAAAGAUCCUCAGGAGAAGCCGAUCCCGGAGUUAUAAGUGAAGAUGAGGAUGAAUUUGCAUUUGAUGAUCUGUCCCAUAAAAGUUCAGGCAGUUCACUAAAUGUGCAAACUUCAUACAUGCCACGAAUAGCCAAAUAUACACCUUCCCCAGUAAAUGCUUCACUUGAAAAUUUAGGAGGAGGAGAAUUUCUUCGAAGAUCUACCAGCAGUACAUUAGCAACAACAGAAAAAUCUACCCCUCUCAAACCUGUGCGUCUCAGUCUCGACACAUUCACUCCUCCACAGUUGCCUGUUCAGGGCCUAGACAAAAAUGAUGAAUGGUCUCAAAAAUUAGUACCCCGCAAAUCCAUGAGUCAAUUGGCAAUCGAUAGGGAAAAGUCAUCAAGUCUUGAGAGGAACAAAAAAUUAGACAGUCCUAAUUCAUUGAAAGAAAAGCCAAGCCCUAAGUUUUUCAAAAAGUUUGGAAACAAUAAUAAACCUAAAAAAUUGCUAGAGGAACGUAUCAUUGUUGGUGAGGAAAAUAUAGUGGAAGAAGAUGCUAUUAAUCCUGCAUACAAUAACAUCCCUAAGACAAUCUUGCAACAAUUUGAAGGGAUGCCACGUGAGGAUUUGAUAGUAUUAAUUUAUAAUUUGCAAAAGGAUGUUGAAUCAGAAAAAAAGAAAAACAAGGAUCUUGAGAAUUAUUUAGAUGAUUUAUUGCUGAGAGUAAUGGAAACAACACCAAGAAUUUUACAAAAUCCAUAUGUUCGCAAUAACAGUAUGCAUAUAAGAAAUAAGUAAUAUAUAAAUCAUAAAAUAGUAUAAAUCAUUGUUGGAAGUAAGUUUUUUCAACACAGAAAAUGUGACAUUUUUGAAGUAAAUUAUGAGUAUUACCAACAAUGAUAAAUAAAAUUACAAAUACUUAAUACAAUAUAUAUGUUACAUUCUUGAUAAAUAAGAAUAUUUAUAGUUUUAUCUAAAAAAAUAAUUCAUUACAAUAUUGCGUCCGAAACAGUGCCUUAAAGAUUUUAUAAUUCUGUGAUAAAAUUCACAUUCAGGGAUUAUCAGUUGAAUCUUUAUUUACACAAAUAUUGUUAUAUGAUUCUCUGUUAUUGUUUUAGUAACUAUGUAUAAUAAGGUAUUCUAUUGGUCUAUGAUAAUAUCACUGUUAUUAAACAACAGUUAUUGUUAUUUAGAUAGUAUUGUUUAUAGAAUUAAUAAGCAUAUUUUCUUCUUUGAAGGUAUUGUUUGCGUGCCAAAAACAGUCAUCUACUAAAAUUAAAAAUAAAGGCCAUAUCAAACUGAUUAUAAGAUUGUACAAUCUGUUUACUUAAAAUUUACACUGUCAUAUUGGAAAUCUUUUUGAUGAUUUGUGAUAAUUAUUAUAUUUUGAUAUAUUUUAAUUAUACAUACCUACUUGCAAAAAAUCUUUUCAAGAGGCACCAGGCAUAAAGCAUCUAAUGAAAGUAAAGUAUUAUUAUUGUUAAGUGAAAUAAAUACAUAUAUUUUAAAAUCAUCUAUUCAGAUUGUGCUGUUUCUUUUCCUUAUAAAUUGACAAAAAUUCACUAAUUGUAAGGCAAAUUAUUUAUUAUUAGCCAUUUAUGGUUAGUUGCUUUUUUAACAAAAAUAUUUUAUUAUUUUAAAUUAAAAUCUGUCAAUUUAUAAGCUAAAAAAGUUAAAUAAGUAUAAAGAGUUUACCACAAUACCAAUAGGUAAAUAAAUAAUAUGUAAAUUUUGGAAAUAAAAACUUUACCAUAACUUAAUUCAUUGACUUAUAAGUAUCAUAUUUUCCACUUUUAAAAUUAUGCUACUGCUCCCCCAGUAUAACUAACUAAUUAAUUGUAUUUUAUUAUAAACACAAAAGAUUGAUAUGUAUUCAGAAUCCCAAUGUCAUUUAUAUUAAGUUUAUAAAAAUAUUAAAUACUAAAACCAUGUUUGAAAAUAAGUGCAAAUAUACUUGGGUACAUUCCCUUGUGCAAUGAGAUUAGUUUUAAGGGAUACAUAAACAAUUAGAAUAUUAUAACAAUUAUUGUCUUGUGCAAAUAUAUUUAUUACUAAUGUUAAUUAAAUAUUUAUAAAGAUGAAUGCUUGCUAAGUAAACACAUGUAUUGAACUCUCUACACUGACAUUCAUCUUUGUUGAUAUUUCAAAUGAUUUACUCAUUACCUUAUUAAUUAUUAAGUUGAUUUAAUUUCACAGUUGUGAAUAUGCUUUAUUUUCAAAUUAUUUCUUUUAGUAUAUACCUACUUUAAAGCAUAACUAAUGUUAAAACUUUAACUAUAAUUAUUAUAGCAUUACAUACAUACCCAUUAACAUUUAUGUUAAAGUAUCAGGAGAUACUGUAUUCUCUUUUUAUUAGAACUAUCUAAAAAGUGUAAGAGAAUAUUAAGUUCUACCUGAUAAAAUGUAUAGUAACUUCAUUCAUAUAAUAGUGAAAAAAAGGAUUGUGUGCUUUCUAUUGUUGUAAAAUUUGAAUGAUUAAAAUAAACAAUUUUUUUAACCAAA